UUGAUCGCAGCGGUACUUAAAUGAUUGCAUUACAUUGUAAGGGUGCCCAAUGUGUCCAGUCCCGACCAGCUGAAGCGCUCUUUGCAGAGCAGCCCAGUUGAUAUGUACAGAUAUCACAGAGGGAGCAGAUAGAUAGCUAUGCCAGACUGAUAUUGAAUUAUUAGCAUGCUGAUCAAUUCUCCCUAUCAGUGACGCACCACAAUAAUGCGUCACUGGUAGGAGAUGUGGUCAAUUACUUUUGGCCGGCUGUACUUUGCCAGCUGAUUUUUGUUUUGCCUUUCCUCCUGCUCUGCACACCCAAUUAUCCACCACCCUCCCCCCAGGUGCUCACAUGUUUUACCCAGAAAGAGAAAGAAAGAGAGAGAGAGAGAGAGAGCGUCAUGGGUCGGCCGUUGUGCAGGCGGGAUGCUGACUGUAAAGUGCACAGCUGCUCCGGCCAACUGCGCUGCUCUGUAGACAGUGAUAAGUCGGAUGAUCAGCUGUUGAAUUGUAGUACAAACAUCAACAUGCAGGAGUCCGGGCACAUCAAGCGUGACCGCCUUCUGUCCUGACAGCGCUGCGGCGCGGUUUGCACCGUGACGGAGACGGCACCGACGGCGAGUCGCAUCCGUCCCGCAGGCUGGCUGGGUCGGUCUGUCUCCGGACCGUAAAUCGAUCUUGCUCGCGCCUUUAUGUGAUAUCCCUCUCUUGAUUGGCGUGCGAGACGAAAGGAUACAGAUACCCUUCCCCUCUGUGAAUUUGUGAGAUAACCUUUGCGGUUCACCUUGGAAAUCAUUUCAAAAUACGCCUAAAAGGUUGAUGGAACACAUGCAGCAGAAACAAAUCAGCACUGACCCUUGUGGGCCCAAAGUGCAGCCGAACCCCUGUGCAUUGAUCGGGGCUGGUCCAGGUUUACCUCCGCAGCUUGCAAUCCAGGAGCCCUCUCUCAUAAGCCCGUCAGACGAGCUCAAGAGACAGUCAGGCUUGAGUCCCAUGCAGGCAGCAGUUGCACCUAUGAAAGAGACAGACCAAAUGCAGUCAGGGUCCACUCCAGAAACUCUGGCAAGCAUAAGUCGUCCGAGACCGACUGCUCUUGGAACUAAACCGACUCCAAACACGACCAGAGUCUCAGUGGACCCCUUCAAGGAAAUAGAUUUGAUCCCAGUUUGUAUCCCGGGACCACAGAGUCCAAAUGUCCUGCUGCAUUCCCCGACAGAGUCCUCCUUCUCCCUUCACAGUCAGAGUCCCCACAGCCCUCAGUCUUACGCCAGCCAGCCUUACCUGAACCCCAACCCCAGCCUGCCUCCCAGCCUCAGCCCUAAACCCAGCCUCAGUCCUCAGCCACAGAGGACCCCCUCACCUGGGAGCUCAACACAGAGCCAAGUGCAGUCCGAGAAGCCAGGUGGAGAAAACAAUGACUUCAGGGUCUACAUAGUCACAUGGAACGUGGGAUCAGCUGUCCCGCCAGAUGACAUCACUUCUCUGUUCGGACCAAAUGUUUCAGAUGGGAGCGUCGACAUGUUUAUCAUCGGACUCCAGGAAGUCAAUUCCAUGAUAAACAAGCGGCUGAAGGAUGUUCUUUUUUCAGACCAGUGGAGUGAGCAUUGCAUGGACACGCUCUGUCCUUUUGGAUAUGUUUUGGUGGCGUCCCAGCGUAUGCAGGGAGUGCUGCUGCUGGUUUUCUCUAAAUUCUGCCAUCUCCCAUUCCUCAGAGGCGUGCAGACAGAGAGCACACGCACAGGACUUGGAGGAUACUGGGGGAAUAAAGGGGGCGUCAGCGCGAGGAUGACAAUUUUUGGCCACCCGGUGUGCUUUCUCAACUGUCACCUGCCAGCUCACAUGAGGAACCUGGAGCAGCGGAUGGAGGACUUUGAAAGCAUCCUGCAGCAGCAGCAGUUUGAAGGAGGGACUGCCACCGGUGUACUGGACCAUGAUGUCGUGUUUUGGUUUGGGGAUUUAAAUUUCCGUAUCGAAGACUAUGACAUCCAUGUGGUGAAAUGUGCCAUCGACAGCAAUAAGCUGCCUCUUCUGUUGGAGCGGGAUCAGCUCAACAUGGCAAAAAACACAGAACCCAUCCUGGAAGGCUUCAUGGAAGGACCACUCAAAUUCCCGCCUACCUAUAAGUUUGAUGUGGGCACUCAUAAAUAUGACACCAGCGCUAAGAAGAGGAAACCUGCCUGGACAGAUCGUAUCCUCUGGCGCCUUCGUCGUACCGGUUCCCCAGUUCCUACCCACAAUGCAGCACUGCAGCGGGGUCUAACCUCAUGGUUGGGUGGGGCGACCAAAGUGACACAGCAUGUGUACCGAAGUCACAUGGGCUUCACCAUCAGUGACCACAAACCUGUUUCUGCCUUGUUUUCACUGCAUUUCCCAUUCAAGGUGGAUAUGCCCCUGGUGGAGCUGCAGGUGAACAAGGAGUGGUGUAAAGUUUCUGAUGCUACAGUCCGAUUCACUGUUGCGUCAACUUAUCAGCGCAGCUCAUGGGACUGGGUAGCAAUAUACAAGGUUGGGUUUAGACAUCACAAAGACUAUCAGGUGUACAUAUGGGCCAAGGGAGAGCAUGCAACACAGGUGACGUUUGCAGAGGAGGAUCUGCCAAGAGAUGAUUGUGACUACAUACUGGGUUACUACAGUAAUAAUAUGAACAGUAUUGUUGGACUGUCAACCCCAGUUCAGAUCAAGAUUCCAGUCCACAGCCCCACAGUGCAGCGCUCCGACAGCUCAGACAUCAGCUCAGAAGACGACAGCACUUUGGUUCUGCUGGCUCCAAACUCCCGCAGCCCGAGCCCUAAAACCGGCAAACACCAUCAUCACCACCGUCGUAGCCGCAGCCCUGCUGUUCCUGCUCUUUCCUCCAACCCUCUCCCCUCCCUGCAGGGCCUCAGCCUAGGUCCUCGCUCUAAAGAAGGCCAGACUCGCAGCCGCUCACCCUGCUGUGCUGCAAAGAAGGAGCGCCUGGUCUCCCCCAACACUGUGCGGUCCCCCACCAUCAGCCCGCUCAGUCCCCGCAGCCCUGUGUCUCCUGGUGGUGGGGUGACAGCACCGGAGGCCCUGAUUGCUGCCAUCUUAGGUGAACACAGACCACCUCAGGUCAGCCCCACGGGGUCAAACAAAUAGGAAAGACAGGGGAAAAAGACACUGCAUAGAAUAUAAACAUCAACAGUUAAAAGGAGAAGGACGGCAAUAUCCAUGUACUCAGUCUGAUCUGAUCCUACAAAGUCACUGUGCUCGCAGAGGCAGCACAUUUAAUGACUCCUAAUGUAGUUUGCAAACAUUCCACAUUGUAGCCCUGCAGCUCUCUGUUUCUGAGUCUACCA